AUGGCGUCCGUCGCCGCGGAGAGGACGGAGCUGAAGGAGGAAGGGAUCAUUGAGGCCGCGACCGAGCUGGCCCAGGACCCCCAAUCCAAGGUCAACCCGGAAAAGAUUGAGGAAGCCCUCGUCAAAGAGACUCAAGAAGCUGGUGGUGUAGCAUACCAAUUCGAUCCCGAUGCUUCGCCCGAGGCCAAGGCAGCAGCCGCUGAAUCGCGAUUGCCGCCGGGCUUCCAUCGUGAUAAUAAGCCAAAGGCCAUGGCUGUGAUUACGGACAAGGAGGCCAAUGCGACCGAUGCAAAGGGCGGAAAGGUUCUGGACGAGGAUUUGCGCUGGGCUCGCGACCGCACCGGGUGGGCGCCCAAGUUUCACGCCGAGAAGACCGAGGAGGAACAGGCCGAGGGCACGCUGCUCGACCACCAGGACUUCUUGGAGAGCCGGAUACCCGAUAAGUUCUUCGGCGAUUGGUACCACAAUGCCGCGAUUAUCGUAUUUGCCUGUUUGAGCUCCUGGCUUAUUGCGGCUCUGGGUGGUGGUGUGGGUUGGGUGUUGCUGGUGAUGGCCGCCUGCAGCACGUACUACCGUACCUCUAUUCGCCGAGUGCGCCGUAACUUCCGCGACGAUAUUAACCGUGAAAUGUCCAAGCAGCGCUUGGAGACUGAUACCGAGAGUCUCGAGUGGAUCAACAGCUUCCUCGUCAAGUUCUGGCCCAUUUAUGCCCCCGUUCUGUGCGACACUAUUAUCAGCUCUGUCGAUCAGGUUCUGAGCACCUCGACUCCUGCUUUCUUGGAUAGUCUGCGUCUUAAGACCUUCAUUCUCGGUACUAAGCCGCCCCGUCUCGAGCAUGUCAAGACCUACCCCAAGACCGAGCCGGAUACCGUUAUCAUGGACUGGAAGUUUAGUUUCACGCCUAAUGAUACCAUGGAUUUGACUGCGCGCCAGCUGAAGGACAAGAUUAACCCCAAGAUCGUUCUGGAAGUUCGUGUUGGUAAGGGUAUGGUCAGCAAAGGUCUGGACGUUAUUGUCGAGGACAUGGCCUGCUCGGGUCUCAUGCGCGUCAAGGUCAAGCUUCAGCUGCCGUUCCCCCACAUCGAGCGCGUGGAUGUCUGCUUCUUGAGCAAGCCCGAGAUCGACUACGUCUGCAAGCCUCUUGGUGGUGACCACCUUGGCUUCGAUAUCAACUUUAUCCCCGGUCUGGAGACCUUCAUCAAGGAUCAGAUCCACAAUAACCUGCAGCCCAUGAUGUACGACCCGAACGUUUUCCCCAUUGAGAUUGCCAAGAUGCUUGCUGGAAACCCCGUCGACCAGGCUAUCGGUGUGGUCGCUGUGACUCUGCACGGUGCUCAACAGCUCAAGAACCCGGACAAAUUCUCUGGUACUCCCGACCCGUAUGCGGUCGUGUCACUGAACAACCGUACCGAGCUGGGUCGUACAAAGAUUGUGCACGAUACCGACAGUCCGCGCUGGAACGAGACCAUCUACGUUAUAAUUACCUCUUACGCCGACGCUUUGACCAUUGUUCCCUACGAUUGGAACGAGUACCGCAAGGAUAAGGAGCUAGGUACCGCUACGUUUGCCCUUAGCAAGCUCGAGGAGGAACCCUCGCACGAGGGUAUCUACCUGGAGGUCAUGGCUAGCGGCCGUCACCGUGGUGCUGUCCAGGCUGAUAUCCGCUUCUUCCCCGUUCUCGAAGGCAGCAAGACGGAAUCCGGCGAGACCGAACCCCCACCAGAGAUGAACACCGGUAUUGCCCAGUUCACCGUCGAGCAAGCCAAGGAUCUGGAUGGCAGCAAGAGUUUCGUCGGCAAGCUGAACCCGUACGCCGUUCUACUGCUCAACGGCAAGGAAAUCCACGUUACCAACAAACUGAAGCGCACCAACAACCCCAUCUUCCAGAAUUCCUCCAAGGAGUUCCUCGUCACGGACCGCAAGAACGCCCGUCUGGGUCUGAUCAUCAAGGACGACCGCGAUCUCUUGGGCGAUCCCAUUAUCGGACGCUACCAGAUCAAGAUGAACGAUAUGAUGAAGAUGAUGGAGCAGGGCAAGGACUGGUUCCACCUGCACGGUGUCAAGGAAGGUCGCGCCAAGCUCAAGUUGCAAUGGAAGCCGGUCGAUCUGAGCGGCGUUGCCGGUGGCGCUGGUUACAUCGAUCCCAUCGGUGUGAUGCGUUUCCACUUCAAGGGUGCCACGGAUCUGCGUAACCUCGAAGCUAUGGGUAAAUCCGACCCUUAUGCUCGUGUUAUGCUCUCCGGUCUGACCCGCGGCCGUACCGUCACUUUCCGGAAUAACCUCAACCCUACCUGGGACGAGGUCGUCUACGUACCUAUUCGCAGUGCCCGCGAGAAGCUGGUCGUCGAGGUUAUGGACGAAGAGAAGAUCAACAAGGACCGCUCCCUCGGCUGGGUCGAGCUCAAGGCCGCUGAUUUCGUUCGCGAGACUGAGAGCGGCGAGUAUGAGAUUGACGAUGAUAAGCAACCUACUACCUCGCCUCUGCGUUAUGGUAAGGGUGCUUUCAAGGGCCACAUUAACUACACCGUUUCCUUCUACCCGACCAUCCCCGUGUCCAACCCUGAGGAUGAAGCUGAGCAGGAGGAGCAAGAGGAGGGUGAACUUAACGGCGCGGAUACGCCUCGCAAGAGCACCGACUCGAAGGUUCGGCCUGGACAUUCUAAGGCCGCCAGCAUUGAUUCCAAAGCUGUGUCGAAUGGUGCUGCGACUAAUGGUGUUACCAAUGGCGAGCCGACUACUAAUGGUCGGGCUAGCCUGGAGACCAAUGCUUCUCGUCCGUUGGCCCAGGACUCGGAUGUCGCCUCUGUGCGGUCGAUCAAGUCGAUUCCCAAGAUGGAUCUUAGCAAGGAGGACCUUCCUAAACAUGAAUCCGGUUUCGUCGUGUUCAAGUUCCACCAUGGCGAAUUGGCUCACAGCAACGUUCAGCUCGAGGUUGUUAUCGACGACUACUUGUUCCCCGCUUAUACCUCGCCCAAGAUUCACUCCAAGACUCUCAACUCUUCUGACAUUGGCGAGGCUUUCGUUCGUGAACUUGAGUUCUCUAAGAUGACUCUCCGCCUGGUUCACAAGAAUGAUCCCCACGAGUCGAGCGAGGAGAACACCGUCGCUAAGCUUACUGGAAACACUCUCACCACCCUGCAACACAUCCUGUACGAGCCCAAGGAGCUGGUUCUUCGGUCCAACACUGGCGAAGUUAGCAAGAUCACUGUCAGCGCUCGCUACAUCCCCGUCCAGAUGAAGCUCGACCCCAGGGAGAGCAUCAACAACAUGGGUAAACUGCAGGUCAAGGUUAACAAGGGUGUCAACCUGCCCAUUGCCGACAGCAACGGCAAGAGUGAUCCUUACUGUCGAUUCUUCAUUGGCGAUGACGACAAACGGCACAUCUUCAAGACUGAAGUUAUCAAGAAGAACCUGAACCCAGUCUGGAACGAAUCCUUCGACACCGAGAUCAAGACACGUAUUGACUCUAAAUUCCGUGUCGAGGUUUGGGACUAUGAUCGUGGCGUUGGUGAUGACCUUCUCGGUGAAGCCUUGAUUGAUCUCGCGCCCUUAGACCCCUUCCAGCCCCAAGAAGUCGUCCUCACCCUCAUCAACCCAUCUAAGGAUGUCAAACCCCCUACCAACGGCCAACCAAGCACCAUCCACCUGAACCUCCUCUUCAAGCCCGACUACGUGAUGCGUCUGAGCCAAGGCUCAGCCACCUUCGUCGGUGGUAUCGGCGGCAAGGUUGGCGGCACAGCCAAGACCAUCGGCGGUGUCCCUCUCAAGGUCGGUGGAGCCGUCGUCGGCGGUGCUGCCCACGGUGCCACCUCCAUCGGCGGCAAGAUCUUCGGUCGCUUCCACAAGGACAAGCACGUCGACGACGACGCAGCCUCCGUCGCAAACAGCACCUUCGAAGACCCUACCAGUAACGGCGCACCCCUCGUCGACGCUACACGCAAUACCCCCGCCGUAGCCCUCGACGGUACAAGCACCCCUCCCGCCCCUUCAACGCCCCAAAAGGAACACACCCGCAACCGCAGCACGGCCUCUAUCUACGGUGACCGUCUGUCCGUGUUUGGUGGCGGUGCCCGCGGCGACGCGGGAACCGCCCAUAUCACCAUCGUCUCCGCAUCCGGCUUCUCCUCCUCGGCUAACCUGCGCGUCAUCGUCCGCGUCCAGGGUAGCAAGGGCGGCAAGGAAGUCCACAAGACCAAGGCGCACAAGGCAGGCGACGACGCCGUGACCUACGAUGAAUCCUUCAAGGUGCCCAAGGUCACUGCCGGCUCGCAGUAUCAAAUCCGCGUCGUGGAUCAUUCAACCUUUGGCUCGGACGAUGUCCUCGGUGAGGGCUUCUUCCUUGUUGCUGAUCAGGGCUCUGAGGCCGGUCAGGAUAAGGCUGUUAGUGUGGGAUCGGGAUCUGUCGUGAUCCGGUCUAGUUUUGAUGCGCCUGAUGCUGGCCUCAGGCCUACUACGUCGCAUUCUACGGCGGGUGGGGAUGAGGGGGAUAGUCCGGCGGGGAAGUUGCCCAGGAGGAGCUUUCUGAGUAAGAGGACUGUUAGUGGGGCGUGA